GGCAUUGCAACCCGCGGGUCGUGAAGGCAGGAGCUGAUCAGAUGUCAGUAUUAAACACAAACUCACGCUUCCUCUACGAUCAGAUGGUCCUAUAUGCCAAACGUCUCACUCAAACCUUGCCAGACAAACUCAAUACGUGCUUCUUCACCAAUUCAGGCUCGGAAGCCAACGAUUUAGCUCUCCGAUUGGUCCAUCGGCAUACAGGCUCAUCAGACAUGGUCAUUUUAGAUCAUGCGUAUCAUGGACAUACAGUCAGUGUAAUAGACAUCAGUCCGUAUAAGUUUGAUAAACCAAGUAUGGAUGGGAAGAAAGAAUGGAUACAUGUUGCUCCUGUUCCUGAUACAUACAGAGGCAAGUAUCGAGAUGUCACGGAUGCUGGCGAGAAAUAUGCAAAUGAGGUCAAGAAGGUCAUUUCAAGGGCACAGGCUAAUGGCCGAAAGAUUGGUGGUUUUAUUCUAGAGUCUAUGCAGAGCUGUGGAGGACAGAUUAUAUAUCCUCCAGGAUAUAUGAGAGAAGCUUUCAGACAUGUCAAAGAGGCUGGAGGGUUAACGAUAUGUGAUGAGGUUCAGGUCGGCUUUGGCCGAGUAGGAACGCAUUUCUGGGCUUUCCAGACACAAGGCGACGACAUUGUUCCAGAUAUCGUGACGAUGGGUAAGCCUAUGGGUAAUGGUCAUCCGAUUGCUGCCGUCAUCACGACAAAGGAAAUCGCUGACAGUCUCGGGAAGGGCAAUCAUCAGUACUUCAACACUUAUGGUGGGAACCCUGUGUCAUGUUCUAUUGGUUUGGCCGUUCUUGAUGUGAUCCGUGAUGACAAACUUCAGGACCAUGCUACCAGGACAGGCAAUCUCCUGAUGAAGAAAGUCAGAGAGCUGGCCAAGCGAUAUCCUAUAGUUGGCGACGUCAGGGGAUGGGGAAUGUUCUGUGGUAUCGAACUUGUCCAAGACAGAAAAACCAAGAUGCCAGCUACUGCCGAAGCAGCAUAUACCAUUGAGAGGCUACGAGAAAUGCACAUCCUUUUCAGCUCCGAGGGACCAUUUGAGAAUAUCUUGAAGUUCAAGCCUCCGAUGGUAUUCGAUGAAGGCAACGUGGACGACCUCGUCAAAGCCCUGACCACCGUCUUCUCAGAGCUGGAAAAGAAAGGCCCCCUCAAGAUUUCAGCCAGCCACCAUCUCAACAAACCAGAGUGGCAAAGCAAGAUGUUGGGACUUGACGACAUCAAAGAAGAUGAAGAGAAUGGAUCGGUCAAUGGAGGAGGCGGGGUUAAGCGGAAGGCUCCCAUGUUGUCUCCCGAGACGUCGUCUUCAGGCGUGGAGUCACCCUUGGUCAUCAGCGAUGAGGAGACGGAGAACGCUCCAGCGAUGACCACAAAGAAGAUGAAAUUUACUACUGAGGAAGAGGACGAAGAGGAUGAAGAGGAUGGGGUUUAUAAUCUUGAUGAGAUGGAUUGAUCUGUUAUAUAAGCAACUCACUUCCAAUUCUAGUCUUUGUAAAAAAGCACUAUCCACAACUUUAUGUUUUCCUGUUCUGUAUCCACUAUUGGCAUUUAUUCUUUAAACAAGCAGAAAUUUUAUUGAAAGGGUUGACAAAGAUCAUUAUACAUUUCUGAGAAUCAAUCCAUGAUAUUUUUAUUUCAGUAUUGUGUGGAAUCUUUUAAUUUUACAUGUUGUUCUAUACAAACGAAACAAUAAUUAUACUACGAAUGAGAAUGUGAAGUAUAGAAACAGUGUUUUAUUUUUCAAAAGCAAUAGGCAUGUUUGGUCAUUUAUAUCUGAUAUGUAGACGUUUCCAUUAAUUUUAAAUUUUAGCAUGACAACGUGUUGUUGCUCAGUUGCUAAGCCUCCAGACUUUAAAGCACAAGGUCCAUGAUCCAAAACCCAUUGCAGCACUUUCAUUCUUUGGCCAGGAUUUUAUCUACAUUUGCCUCUCUCUACCCAGGUAAAGUAGAUGGGUACAUGGUAGGAGGAAUUCCUAGAAUGCUUAAGCAUCUGAUUAGGGUAGACAUGCUGUUCUUAAGUCUGGGUAAUAGUAUGCAGCAUUUAGAAACAUUGUAUUAAGCUCCAUUGCAUAUUAUCAUUGUUAUUAUCUAUGGCAUUAGUGAAGAUAAGUUCUAUUAUUGUCGGGUCCUACAUUGUUCUAGUUCUUGCCUGAAUAUGUAACCAGCCACCCCCAAAACCAAACAAUAAGUCGCCAGGGAUGGUUUUCUGUAAAUAGCUAAUAUAGUAAUUUGGUCUUCAAAAAGCAAAAAAUAAAAUAAUAGCUUAUCUGAAAGGGUAUAAUUUUUUGUCUUCAUUCUGUCAAAAUUUCAAGUUGUAAAUGUGAAUACAAGACAAGAUACAAGAGUUUCUUUGAUACAAGUUCUUGAGGACUGUUUGGUCAUUUCAUUGAGAUUGCACUGUGUGCCUGUCUCAUGCUUGAGUGAACCCCAAACUUUGUUUUCUCCUUUUUUAAACUAUUGCUGAAUUUCUUCUGCAUUCAAUCAAGUACUUGUGUGAGUAAUUGUUGAUUAACUUUGACAAGUUACAUAUCAUUUCAAAGUUUAGGAUGUGCAUUUCCAAAUUCAAUAAAAAUAUCAAAAUUUAUUUUGGACGACUUAUUGUUGGUUUGGGGUGGUUUAUCUUAUCAUCCAUUAAUUGUCCAAAGAAACUGAUGCAAUCAUAUAGUGUGUAAUAAUUAAUUUGCAAUAUUAAUCAUUUAAUAUGUUCAGGCAUUAAUACAUUUUAGUUUGCUUUUUAUUACAUCUUACAUAUUAGAUAGUUGUAGAGUAUUAAACUAUUUGUGUAAAAGCAUGACAUUCAUUGAAAUUCUGUCAAAAACAAUUUCCUGCCGAAUCACACCUUAUUCUUUGUAUAUGCAGAGCAAUUAAAUGGGGUAUGUAUUAAUGGCUAAAAUCAGUGUUAAAUAUAACACAAAUGUCAAUUUUCUGAACAUAACAGUUGUUAUCAGCUUGUUUUUUUAUAUUGAUAUCAGUUUGUAAGCAUAUUCCUCUAAACUAUAGUUCUGAGGUAGGGGUAUAAUAGCACCAGAGAUACCAGUUAGUAGGAUUUUAUCCUAUUUAGUAUGAUUUUUCAAGGGUUAAAGUGGCACUAGUUAUGAUCUAUAGAAGUAGGAUAUUUAAAUAUUGUGAGAAUGAUGAUUUUUGGUAUGUUUUUCAAAAUUUCAAAGAUAAAUAGAAUUGUAGGCUUGAACAUAGAAUUAAAAAAAAAUUUCACAAUUAAGGUUGAUGGCUCUGUGGAACAUCCACCUUUGUGCGCAUAAGAGGUUCCGGUACAUGGCUUUAAAAAGUCAAGAUUAUUUUUCUUUUGCUCCUGAAAUGUUUAGCAAAAAUCUUCCUAAUUAACAGAAUUACAGACAGAUUUUUUUAAUUAUGACAUUAGAUGGGAGUGGCUCUACCAUUUUUCAUGUCAUAUGAAUUCCAUAAACUUAUAUUUUCUCAGAAAAUAGGAAAUGGUUUACCCGUACCUCCUAUAUGUAAUGAGAGGCAUUGCUUUGUUUACACUUGUGGGGAUGUAUUCAUUCAGUCAAUAUGAGGAAUUGAAUAAUGGCAAUUAAUGGAAUUUAGGUUGACUGAUUUAUGGAGGAGCUAGUCACAUGCGAUAUCACAAAAUUGAAAUUGAAAUUGAAAAUUAAUGCUUUAUUGCCACCCAUCAAUUAUUAAUUUGUUUCUCUCAUUCAGCUUUAUUAAUAUCAGGAUGAACUUUCCCUUUGAAGCUAUUAAAUUCAUUAUAUUUGUGACACGUCACAUGGGCUUAUAGCAUUUUCCUACCUGCAACUCUAAGUAGCAGUCAAAUUAAUACACAUGACCAAGAAUUAAUAGAGAUCUGUGUAGACAAAGGUAGCUCAAGAGAUCAAUAACAACCAAACAAGAGUGGGAUACCCCAUAGGAUUACUCUUGAUAAAACAUCAUAAUCCGAUUAAUUGCUUAAAAACUCAAAUUAUAUGAUAAAGUGUGCUAUGCUCUUGGGGCAUUGCAAGAAAUUCCAAAUCAAUAAUGAGUCCUACAAUCAAGGAUGUGUCCUUUGAUUUAACACACAUCUUUAGUAGAAUUGCGUUUAAUUGUAACUGGUUUGUGACGCUCCAUUUAGAUUUAUGUUGGGACUUGAUUUUUGAAAUGGCUAUUAUAGGACCUAUUGAUUUUUUGUAGUGCGUGUGUGUUGUGGUGUGUGCAUGUGUGUGACUAUAAUGUUUGUUGUAUCAGUGGGAUUGGAAUUUAAUCAAAUUUCUUAGCUUUGAUGAACAACAAGAAGAUAUAUGAAUGUCUUUGAUCAAAUGGAUUUGAUAUUGUGUGUGAUACAAUCAGAGAAUUAUGAUACUGGUAGAAGUUGUUAUUUUUAUGCAGAAAAUAUUGAAAAGUAUAAGAUAAAUAUAAAUGAAAUGAUUCACUCCUUUCUGCCUUCUCUCUGUCUGUCUCUGAUUGUGUGUGUUUUUAUAUGUCUCUCUCUCAUUCAUCAGUGUACAAAGAAACAAUAUAAUCAUCAAGAAGGGAGAUUAUCAUUAAUUGUGUGAACACAGAAUCAUCCUGCCAUUGACAACACAUGGCAUUGAGUGACCCUGUUCACACAACCAAGAAAUGUAUAUUACUUGAAAGAACUAUUCCAGAGCUGCCGGUAUUUGCUAUGAAUUUAUGACAGGAAUAUGAAAUAUGAAACGUGUGGAGCAGGAUAUUGCUGCAUGUUCAGCACAUGAGAAUGUUCAAUGAAUAAUGGAAAAGUGAAAAAAGGGUGAUUUUAAAAAAAUAUGAAUUUCCAUGGUAAAAUAAUAUAUUGGAUGUGCAGAAUCUUUUUUU